AUGACAACCUCGUCGCUCUUGGGCCACGUUUUGCCGCUCGUGGUGCCGUUUCUGGCGCAGCAGGACAAGCUGAACGUUGCUUACGCAAACUAUGAGCUGUACCAGGCGGUAGUGCCGUUGUUGUACCAGAAAUUGCUGUUUACUGGCAGGCCUCUUGUAAACAGCGAGGGCAGCUGGACAAAUAUUGGGUCUCUGAAAAACCCACUCAUCGGCGACAAAAAACACAGCGAAGUGUACACGCUGCGACAGGAGCUACUGUUGCAGACCCUGACGCUCAACAAGGAGCUUGCCAGGUACGUCGAGCAGGUGGUUGUGGUGGAUCAGGAGAUACUACGAGAUUUGGCACAGGUGCUCAGUCAGUGCCCGAAUCUGAGGAGAUUUGAGGUCCCGCAACCGGACCGCUGGCUUGCAGAGAUCUACAAAAGACCAUUGGAGUCGUUUGUGGUCACCGAACUUGACCAGCUGUGCCAUCUGCCCGACACCGUCAGACGGCUGAAACUUGGUGUGCUAAAAUCGGAGUCGCUUUCUGUUUUCGACCGCCAGCGGGCCCUAAAAAAAAUCUACUCAUUGGACGCACUCGAGCUCGUGUCCGACGAGCCGUCCAUCACGACGUUCCUCAAGUUUCUGCAGCCGUUCGCUCGUCUCAGACUCACGUCGCUCAGCAUAGUGUAUUACCACGGAUACAACGACUACAAUCACGUCUCGCGCACUUUAGUGCAGCAGCUGCUGGAUAAAACCGAUCUGGCCACGCUGCGGGAGCUGGAGAUGGUGCUUGGGUGUGACGAGAUGGCGUGCGGGUGUUUGGGAGAGUUCUGCCGCCAUCUGGUGUCGAAACCAUUUAAUUUGCGGCGACUGGCUAUUUUGCAACGCACGGUCCACAGAGACCACAAUUACACGGAAAAAUUCGACGUCGCCGUGACGUCGCUUUUGGCGUCGAUGCCCAAUAACGAGCGUCUCACAGAGCUGUAUAUCAAGCACACGCCGCCGCUCGACGCCAUGAUCGUCCACGGGUUCGAGGGAAAUUAUAAUAAACGACGCGAUCUCUACCACUCGAUGCUGCCGCACUUGCGCGGGCUCGAACGGCUCGUGUGCCCCACGUUCGUGUGGUCGCUCGCAUGCUACGAGCAGCUCAUGUCGGACCUGCUGUGGAACGGCUGCACGUGCGACCACUGCGAGUCUUUCCUGUCGCUUUUUGACGAAUUCAUCAUGAAACACCAUUACUAUGACGCCGCGUCGGGCCUCGAGAAAGACGUCAUCUCGUCGUGCUUUUUCAGCUGCGCAGCAGCAACGCUCGCCGCCCGGUUUGUCGGAAGUCCACUCGAACACCUCCCGUUGCUCGACGUGUACUGGAAUUUCCACUCUCUGCUCAACAUGGACCACGACGCCGGCUACGACUGCCGGUUCAACCAGAGCUUUUUCCGGCAUCUCGCCGCCUGCAUCUCGCAUUUCCUCCAAGAGUACGUCCACGAAGUUUCACGGACAAACCCAAAUCUGUGGCACGUCAACUUCAACGGCAUAGUGUUUGAAAAAUCAGACUCUUGGGUCUGCAAAAACGAAAAAGUGUAUCGAAUCUAA